AUGACCAGUCAAGCCGGCGAUUCCUCUGUAGUGGAUGCUGACCUCGUCGAUAGAUGCUUUGCGCAGCCAGGCACUAUAUCAUACCAAGUACUAGAUGCAAUCAACGCACGCUUGAAUGUCUUGUAUCAUAUUUUAGUUCCAACCGAGGACAGCAUCACCUGCAGGUAUCAAAUCAUCAAGUAUAUCCGAGACAAAUUGCAUAGUCUAUUCCCAGAACUCCAGCUCAUUCCCUAUGGGUCCUUUGUUACGCGGAUCUUCCUGCCUGAUGGAGACAUAGAUCUUGCCAUCAUUGUCGGAGAGGACGACGCGGCUGACGUGCUUGCACAGUUCUAUAUCUAUCUCAAAGAAGUAGCUGCGUCUCACGAAGAUACACCUUUCAAGCUGACCAACCUAUCUAAGAUUCAAGCAGAAGUACCGAUCAUACGCCUUGUAAUCAACGGCGUUUUCAUCGACAUUUCAUCUGCACGGCCCGUUGGUCUCGUUACGUCUCUUUAUCUCCAGCUUUUGAACGACGCCAUUGGCCGCAACAACCUACUGAAACGGUCUGUCAUCCUUAUUCAGGCCUGGUGUCUCUAUGAAGCGCACAUCCUGGGCAGCCACUCGCAAAUGCUUAACUCGUAUGCCCUCCGUGUAAUGACAACGUUUAUUCUCACCAACUCACCAGAGCUGGUACAUCCUCUUCAAGUUCUGUUCAAGUUCUUUGCAUUCUACAGUGCCUUUGACUUCACAAACAACACCAUCACAGCCUUCGGGGUCGUACCAAACUCAGAGGUUGAUGGCAGUGACCACCGGGCGCUUUACGACUAUCUGCUCAAAAGUGAUGGCAUGUCGCAACACUACAUCAGCAAAGAGUCGUUACUUUUUCUUGUUCUUGCCAGGAACAUGCUGGGGAACGUGUAUCCAGAGCUGUCUGGGUGCCUUCGUCGGUUCAAAACUGCCACAAAUCCACCUGAGAACAUUUCAGAGGACACCUUUUCACACGCUGAGAACGCACGAUUGGAGAUUCUUUUUCGCUAUAUAGAGCACGCCAUGCAGCAUCGUAGAGAGGCCAAAAAAGCCGCCGACAAGACCAGCGAUAAGGCACCGCCCGACGCACUUUCAGACGCUGUACGAGCGGUCGUCCAAUCCCCUAUUGCUCUAUCUAGAAUCAUGCCCUUCCCUUCAGCUAUCUCCGUGUACCAUCCCACAACCAUUUCGAUACUGGAUCCAGUCCAACCCUCCAACAAUCUUGCCAAGGCCACCAGUGCAGCGUCGUUUGCUCGUCUGAAAGCAGCACUUAGAACAGGCUAUUUUCAGUUGGGAUCUCUUAUGAUGAUGCUCUGCGACAAGACUGCGCCCCUGAGCGUGAUCCAGACUGAGUUCGACCUUCUCUUUUCCAACACUCUUGCUCACUUUGACGUGGAGCUAGAGACGGUUCAGAGUCUUUCCACACCCCAUAGUUUUGAUUUCGCAAGCCCAAAUGAGUAUCUUCUUAAUGUCAGUUCCGGGGCCAUCUAUCACGAGCUUCUCAAUGUCAUGACUCUCUACCUCCUUGGUUAA